UGUCACCGGGGAAAUUCUCAAAUGCUGGUAUAUAUAGAGCUUAAAAGCAAAUGACAGCAUACAAAAAAAGCACAAACAAUCCACAGACAUAAAAGAAUAUACAGAAGAAGAAAAUAUAGCAAACUAGGAGAAAAUGACGGAUGAUCGUUUGACUUACGUGCAAAGCGAGGUGCCUCUUCUGCAGCCACCCACAGCACCCAGGAGCAACUUCUCAUGCUUCCACUGGCUCAGCGUCUGCUCCUUUGUCCUCUUACUGGUGGCCACCACUAUGUUCGCUCUGCUCCACUUCCACAUCAUCCCGACGCCUGGUCAACAGGAUGAGUUCCAGUCUCCAGAAGUAUUUCACAUCCAGACAUUCUUAGGUUCAUCACCAAAUGCCCAGCCCAUGACCGGAGAAAGAGUGGCUGCUCAUUUAACAGGAAAACUCCAGGAUGGCAACAUAGUAUGGGGAUCCACUCCCAUGAACACCUUUCAAACCCUAAAUGUCAUACUUAAGGAAAACACUCUGGAGAUCCCCCAGGAUGGCCUCUACUUUGUAUAUACCCAGGUCGUCUACACUGGCAAAGAUUGCUUGAAGAUGAAACCCACAGAGCUGACCCACACAGUCAACCGGAAGGGCGAGUACCCAAAAGUCACGACUCUUCUCACCUCCACCAAAACAGCGUGUGAGAUGCCAUCACCAAGUGUCUGGCAUCAGCCCAUCUACCAAGGAGGUAUAUUCCAACUUGAUGAGGGGGACAUUCUUUCAACUGAAACAUCAAACAUUCAUCUUCUCAGCCUAAAUAGGUCAGGACAAGUUUAUUUUGGUGUCCUUGCCCUAUAACAGACUUGAUGGACCUCCUUCAAACGUGUCCGUUGGACUUCGUCUAAAUCACUUUAGUCACUCUUCUUUCAAAAUGUUUUUGUACGUCCUAAAUCCUGGGUAGCACAUCAAAGCUGGAUCUUCGAUGCAAUGAAAAUAUAUUUCUGUGAGGUCAGCAAUACAAUCCAUUUUUCCUCUAUUUUUAAGACACUCUGGGGUUCGUUUACUAAAACUGGAGAAAGCAAAAACUGCAGCUCUGCAUAGAAACCAAUCGGCUUCCAUUUUUUUUUGUCAA